CGCGCGCAGUUGCUGGCCAGCUAGCAGCGAGCACCAGCAUGGCAGCUGGCGCGCAGGGUGGUGUAAUAACUUACACAUAUUUUAUUAUUUAUAAGCCUCCAACUCGGCGCCAAGACGAAAACGGUGUGCUCGUGAUGUCGUCGCCGUGCGUUUCCUGAUCGCGUCGUUGUCCGGCAUUUGCUCAAACGCGCCGAGAUGUACGCUAAAAGACUCGAUGUUUGCAACUUUUGCAGUUUUCUUCUCGUAAAACCGCACCGCCCCGAGAGCGCUGCCAAGAAAAUGUAUAAAUAACUACGUAGAAAUUUCGAUAAUAAAUUAUUAACCGACGUCGUCCAUUUAAGUCUUCAAGCUAGCGAAAUCAAAAGCAAAAGGAAAUUAUUUAUAAACACGUAAUUAAAUACAAACACAACAAGAAUAUUAUUCGUCUAUAAAAUAUAUCUCAACACUACUGAAUGUCUACGUCUACUACCGUUUUACUCCGACUUCUCUACUGGAAACAGAAAUACAACUCGUGUGAUAUUAAAACAAAGUGAUUAUUAAAUGGACAGUGAGUAAAAAGUACUAUUAUACUAAUAAUUCUAAUUAAAAAUCGUUAACUUUUCAUUGUUUACACGCGUAAUAUACAAAUAUAUAGUGUUUUAAUACUUGUUAUCCGAUCGGACUGUUGGUGUUAAUUUUCAUCGAUACGCGCGUAUUGUUUCCGAAAAAGUUUCGGGAAAGUAAACGCGAAAGAAGUUUCGUGUACUCUGCGCGCGCGCACGUCGCGAAGGAACAAACAAACAUUGUGUGUGCGCGAGUGAGGAGUGUGUUGCAUUUCGAACGUAACGGACGACCUUCUAAACAAAACUGUUGCUCGUUGCACACGCAGAGUAAUAUCCCACAACGCGAGAGAGCGCCGUGAGUUCAUUGCCUUUGCGAGAAGUCGAGUUAAGUGGAUCCCCGUUUGAUGCGCGACGCGCUCAAGCCCAGCGCACAGUCUGCUCAGUAUGCGCGCGACGGGCGAUAGGAUCGUUAGAGCGUUAGGAUCGGCGUCAUCGUCGUGAUGCUGGUGAAAUCGUUUCGUUGCACCGCACUAGUAUUGAUUGUGUGAUCAUGGAUCAAGACGACGAUAGUCUUCCGGAUCAGCGCCGGCUGAGCCAGAUCUUCGAUCCGCUGACGCGUCUCAACGAGUUAACGCGCGAGUCACGCUCGACGCCGAGCAGCCCGCGAUUGUUGCCGCGAAGAGCGCCGCCGGCGGUACCCAGUGGUGGCGCGAGUGGCUCCUCACAAGAUGCGGCGGCGCCGAUCAACUGGCAGGAAAAGUGCCUCGAACUGCAGCUGGAGUUGCACCGGAAUCGCACGCAGGCCACACGUACAAGGGAUAUGCUUCGAGAUAAGCUCUCCGAGCUCGAGCAACGGGUCCUGGAGGCGGAAGGACGAGCCGAGGAAGCGGAGGAUAAGGUUCGAAUAAUGGAACAGAAGUUAGCGUGGUCGCAGCAGAGUGACGGCAAUACAACGCAACUUGUUCGCUUGGAGACCGAAGUGGAAGAACAGAAGCAGUUGCGCCUGCAAGACGCGCGGCAGGUGGAAGCAAAGACUGCGCGAAUCAAGGAAUGGGUCACCAAUAAGCUCAAAGAGUUGGAGCAGCAGAAUCAGACGCUGCGCGAGCAGAACAUUAAAUGCAAUCAGCAGCUAGAGUUGCUACGCAAUCAUCUCGCGCUCGCCGACCGGCGUAGAUCGGAGAGCUGUUCGCCCGAGCCGAAGACGCUCUCGCACACAUCCUCACCGCACUCGUCCAGACAUCGUCGGCAUCAAUCCGUGUCCACCUUCGAGCCGGCGAUUCCCAGCAAUUUAAUCAAUUCGUAUAUACCAUCCGCCAUGGACCCACUCGCUGAGGACCUACGUGCGGCGGUUGAUAAUCUCAGCUUGGGUGGUCGCGUGCCGAGUAGUGCAUCCGAUUCGGAUCUUGCACAUGAUUACGCUGAGAUUUACACCCCUAGUCGGGAGAAAGCGCCGUGGCCACGUGCACCCACGCCUCCUCUGCAUAGAUUCCCCAGCUGGGAGGAUCGUAUCUAUCAAGUUGCUGCUGAUGGACUGACAUUAACCGGAACAACACCGAGUGAUGUUGGUCCUGAACAAGCCGGGUAUCAGGAUAUUCCGGUGCCGGUAUACGCAACGGUUAAGGGGCGGGCGAGUCAGAUUCGGUCGAUGCCGUUCACGGGUGAUUCCAGUGACGAUUCCAGCGAUGGCGAAGGCAAUAACACGACGGCGGUGGAUGGGACACACACGCAUAGUAGAAGUUCGGGUGAAACUUCUGGCUCAAGUCCCGGUAAACGCACCGCGUCCAGCAGCAGUGGUUCGCCAAGUAAAAGCAAAACUAGAGGCGUUUCAGAUACCUCGUUUGAAUCGGGCAUGUCCGAUGACUACGCCGUACCACCGGAUGCCCUUAGCUGCGAUACGACCAGUUUGGAAUCGUCGCUCAUUUUAAGAGCUUCCUCCUAUCUAGAUAGUCCAAAGCGCACGGAGAACUUGGAAAAGAGUGGUUCAUUAGCUAAAUUAGGUGGUAAACUGAAGACUUGGCGAAAGCGCUGGUUUGUUUUAAAACAUGGCGUGCUCACAUAUUACAAAAGCCAGAAUGAUACCAGCCGAAAACCGCAAGGGCAAAUACUCCUCGACGACAUCUGCAAGAUCACCCGAGCAGAAGGUUCCAACACAUUUGAGAUUGACACUGGUAAAAAGACAUAUUACUUGACUGCUGAUUCAAUUACUGCUGUCGAGGACUGGGUGCGCACCUUACAAAACGUACAACGAAGAAACGCAACCAAGUUACUAUUAAGCCGUGAAGAAAACAAGCCAUCUGUCCAAGGCUGGCUGACGAAGGUCAAGAACGGCCAUCCUAAGAAAUGCUGGUGUGUCUUGAUCGGCAAAAUGUUUUUAUACUUUAAGACUGCUACGGAUGCUACUCCAGCCGGGCAGAUAAACAUGCGUGACGCAAGAGUAGAGGAAGUUGAGCAUUUGUCCGAUUCGGAUUCGGAGGAAAAAGACGGCGAACUGCCUGAUUUUACGAUUGGGAUCGUUCCAACGAAUCAAGGUCCUACAUAUAUCCUUUGUCCUGGUAAACAAGAGAAAGAUUCCUGGCUGUAUCAUUUAACGGUAGCGAGCGGCGGUGGACCGAGCACCGGUACACAAUACGAGCAAUUAAUUCACAAGCUGAUGGAUGUCGACGGCGAUCCGAAUUGCGUCCUAUGGCGACAUCCAGUUCUAUUACACGUGCCUUGCACUAAAGACGGCGCUAUUCCCUCGUACUUUCCAUUAACCACGCUCACGUCCGAAAACCUUCAAACCGAAGCAAUAAAACUCUUCAAGUGUUUGCAAUUAUUCAUGUCGGCGGCCGUCGAUCAAGCCGGCAUCGACUAUCAUGUGGUGCUGGCGCAAAAUGCGCUUCAGCAGUGCCUCGAUAUGCCUGAGCUGCAGGCCGAGCUCGUAUGUGCGCUUGUCAAACAAACGAGCAAGAGCGCGCCGCUACCCAAACUCGGUGUUCAGGUAUCUACACAAAAAUUGCUUAAGAAAGGUCAACUGCUUCUUUGCGCUACCCAGAGUUUGUUCACUUGCGAGACAACUCCAAGUAUUAAUAGUACCUCUGAUCAACAAAUUGCAUCCUCUAAUAUACAGGCUGUCCAGGAAGAGAAGUACAAGGAGCAUAAGGAGUCACAUCACAAAGAUCACAAAGGCCCGCCGAGCUUUUCGCUCUUGCAGGGCUGGCAGUUGCUGGCUCUGGCCGUCAGUUUGUUCGUGCCUAAAUCGUCGCGGUUGCUUUGGUUUCUCAAGUUGCAUCUGCAGCGCAACGCCGACAAUCGUACCGAAUGCGGCAAAUACGCCGCGUAUUGCGAGCGGGCCCUGGAGAGAACCAUAUUAAUGGGUGGACGCGAACUGAAGCCAUCACGAAUGGAGGUUCUUAGCAUACUGUUGAAGAAUCCGCAACAUCACAGCAUGCCGCAUUCUAUGCCGGUGCACCUGCUCAAUGGCACCUAUCACAUAUCUAGUUUCGAUGGCUCAACGACCAUCAAAGAGUUUCAAGAUAGUUUUGCACACGAAAUUGGCUGUAGAGUAACGAAUGGUUUUGCGUUAUUCAGCGACGAUCCAAUAGAGAAGGAUCUGGAGCAUACGUUGGAUCCAAGCGCAAAAUUAUGCGAUUUGAUCUCGAAGUGGGAAAUCGCAUUACGUGAGAAAGGACUCGGUAAAUUUGAGAAUAGCCGAGUUAUUCGACUGACUUACAAGAAUCGGCUGUGGUGGAAAAAUAGCGCGAAACUGGAGACGGAUAAAGAGCGACUUUUAUUAUGUUAUCAAAUAAACAAGCAAAUCGUAGCUGGAAGGUUCCCACUCAGCCGCGAAUUAGCGCUGGAGUUGGCCUCGCUCAUGGCCCAGUUGGACAUGGGUGAUUGUUCGUUGAACGCACUCAAUACGCACAAGAACACUGCAACGCAGCUCAACGCCAAGAUCGUACAAAGCGCGACCGCCACGUUGGGAACGCAGAGCACAUCGCACAAAGCCGCCAGCGGCCCAAAUCACACUGUACAAACAUCACAUACCUUAAAUGCCUUAAAUAAUGUUCACAACAUUCUAACGGCGCAUUCGAAUCAAACGCUUAGUGCAAUCGACAAGUUUUAUCCAUAUCGCUAUCGCGAUCAAUUAUCGCAAGAAGGCCUCACCGAGCUCCAGGGCAAACUACUCGACAAAUGGAGGAGUUUAAAGGGACGAACUCAAUUAGACUGCGUGCGGAUAUACCUCACAUGCACUAGAAAAUGGCCAUACUUUGGAGCAACCCUCUUUCAGGCAAAAUUACGACAGCCAGAUGCUCCAAUGAUAUGGUUAGCUGUGAACGAAGAUGCAAUAACCGUGUUGGAGCUGGCGAACAUGCAACAGCGCGUCCGAUACGCCUACACUAACGUGCUCACUUUCGGCGGCUGCCAGGAAGACUUUAUGUUAGUCGUUACUCAAAACGAUCAACAACCUUCUCAGAAACUGAUCUUUUCCCUAAGCAAACCGAAAAUCUUAGAGUUAACAUUACUAAUCGCCGAUUAUAUGAAUCUCUUAAUUAAUAAUCCUGGUACGCCGCUAUUGGGCACGUUAAGUCGCGGUACAAUGGUUUCCGUCACGCAGUCGAUGGUUAACAACACCAUCACAAAUCAGCAGCCGGACAUUCUCAAGUCCACGCCUGACCACGGCGUCCAGCGCACCGAUUCAAAGCGGCGCACGCACGUCGAUUCAGGCCUGGCAUGAUGACGCCCGUGAUGAUGAGAAUGCGGCUAUGUUUUUUUCUCACUAGUCUUGCAACAAUACUAAUUUUUUGCUAAUUUAUUUUUUAAUACGUGCCGCUUGAAAUCGUUUCUCAUGUGCCACUCAUUACGUUUGAUUCGUUUCAUUAGUGUACAUAGCGUUCGAAUGCAAAUAUUGCCAAUAUUUUUAAACGGAACUAAUUUUUACUUGUAUGUGAAACUAGUCUAUCUGUAUUUUGCAUAAUUUGCGUGCGUGGCAGUUACCAAGAGAUUAAUUUUUGUACUAGAACAAUUUUUUACAUCUUUCAGUUUCGAGGAUAUGAUGUGUAUAUUUUCCAAUGUAGGUUAAAUACGUAUUAAUCAUUGAUAAAAAUAGUUUCAUCAAUAGGUAACAAAUAUAUAAAUUAUUCACAA